UGCCGUCGUGGACGGGUGUAUGCUGAAGUGGCGCGGUAAACCGUACAGGUUGUUGGAACCAAGCACUCACUAAGUGACGACGAAUAUAGGACUAAUCUCCCCUCGUGAUGCUCAAGAUUUAAAAGUCGAUUGCGGAGGUUAACAAAAUAAUAAGACUCAUAAUCAAAGCGUUAAUUGUUCUAGCAUGUGAACACUUAAAUGGCCAACCAUGAUGAUCUUGGCCGGUUGCAAAAGAGAGUGCUUGACCGUUCGCAGAGCUAUCCUUUUGGCUUUCGCGAUGGUUAUAUAUUACAAUUACGUGAUGGUCAGCGGAGAUCAGAAACCCGGGGAAGUCACCGGUUACCACCAAAGUAACGACAGCUCCGUGGCGGAGAGCUCCCCGGACGGCGACGUAGGCCUAAUUGGCGGCGUCACUGAAAACAGGACGGCAAACGUGACGACGUCCGGGAUAAGGACGUACACCUUCAAGAUGCGCUCGAAGAAGAACCAAACUUCCAGACAGGCGAGUCGGAAGAAACAUUUUCUCGAGGAUAAGGUCGUUGUCAUGGACGAUGUCUGGACGGAAGAGAAGAUGGCCGCUCAAGCCAAGAUCUUUGCCGACAGAGCAGCGGACUUAGCAACAUCGUGCGAGAAACUGCGAGACGAUUCGGCGUUUCUCCGCAACAUUUCGGCAAUACAUGCUAAUAUACGCUGGGUCCCGAAGCAUAAACUGAUCUGGUGUCCAGUUUACAAAGCAGCUUCAACGACGUGGAUGAGCAACCUUCUCCUUCUGACUGGAAUGAAAUCUGCAAGCAACAGCUUCCACAAGCAAGUCAAGAAGCUAUACCCUCCACCUGAAGACCAAGAGGAAAGACAGAGACUCCUGGAGACGUCAAUGAGAAUGCUGAUUGUCAGACAUCCUCUGGAACGCCUCCUCUCAGCUUACAGAGACAAGAUGCUCCGAAGCGACCAGUUUCAGAGAGUGAGCAACAUGAUCAAAACCAAGUAUCCGGAUCCCAGCACAGACGAAAACGCCGCUCACCCAACUUUUCAUCAGUUUCUCUUGUACAUCAGAGACACCAUGAAGAAAUUCAUGAGUUCUGAAGGUACGUCAAGGGUCAAUCCUCACUGGCAACCAGUUUGGUGGACCUGUGGCCCUUGUCAAAUCAUGUACGACACCAUUGCCCACAUGGAGACACUCAGUGAAGACCAGGAGUACAUCAUAAGGAAAGCUGGUCUUAGGGAUUUGGCUGUCAAUGCUCACACGCAUUCGUCUAAUCUUGACUCCUUCAAAGGAACAGACGAAGCCACCUUCAAUUAUUUCAGCAAGAUCCCCAAAAAGCUUAUCAGACAAGUAUCGAACCUGUACAGAUACGACUUCCAGCUGUUCGGGUAUUCGCCGGAUAAAUUUAUUGCAAUGGGGACAAAGUGAGCACCUCGAGCAUGGAGCACCACCAUUCUCAGACUGCGCGGUUCAGUGACUUUUCCCUUUCUUCUGUUGCCAGAGUCACAUUAAGUCGCACACCAACCAUGUAAACUACAAAACGUUUCAAUAAGUGCAAAUGAGAAUAAUCACUGUAAUUGGCAUCAGUAUUGCAUCCACCGGUAAGCAGGCAUAUUUGGUUAAAUACGAGUGAAACCAAGAUUUUAGAAAUUAUUUUGUUAUCAUUCACCACAACAGCAACUUUUCACUAGCUUCACUAACACUAAGAAAAUAUAUUUUCGCAAUAAAAUAUAAGAAUUUUUCACAAUUCUCUCCAAAAGUGAGGUAUUUUUACUACUCAGUAAAGUUAAUCAUCUGUUUAUUUCCCCUAAAAAAUAAUUCAUGUUAAUUUCCCCGACAAAUUUCCAACUAGCCACAAUUGAAGUUCUGUUGGAUUAACCAUUGAGGAAAUCAUUAUUCAUGUCUCACUGAGGUGUUAUGUGUAAAUUUGUAAAUCAAAUUGAGGAUCUGUUUAUUUCCCUCUAAAAAAAUGUUUCUAUUCCCAUAAUUGGUCUAUUUACUUUACUUUCAAAAUUGAGGAUCUAUUUACUUUCGAUUGUAAAUUACUUAAAUUUUUCAACCUCUUGCCUUUUUUUUUUUCUUAUGUAAAAAUCCUAUGGAUUUGUAUGAACUAAAUCCUAUGGAUUUGAUAUCUGUUAUGUGUUUACUGCAAAGUAAUAUGUUCUUCCUAUUACUGGUAAGUCUCUCUUUUCUUCGUUCCAAAACUGCGAGGCUUUUUUCUAUGUUUUAUUUCCCUCUUAAACCAUAGAUGCUGAUUUCCCUCCUCUUAAACCGGAGAUGUUUUAUUUUCCUUCCUCUUAAACCGGGGAUGUUUUAUUUCCCUCCUCUUAAGCAGGAAAUGUUUUAUUUCCCUCCUCUUAAACCGGAGUUGUUUUAUUUCCCUUUGCGUAAACUGGGAAUGUUUUAUUUCUUUCCUCUUAAACCGGGGAUCCAUUAUUUUCCUCUUCUUAAACUGGGGAUAAUUAAUUUCCUUCUUAAACCAGUUAUGUUUUAUUCCCCUCCUCUUGAACCGGGAAUAUUUUAUUUCCCUCUUAAACUGGGAAUGUUUUAUUUCUCUCCUCUUAAACCGGGGAUGUUUUAUUUUCUUCCUCUUAAACCAGGAAUGUUUUAUUUCCCUGCUUAUAAACCGUUGUUAUUUUAUUUCACUCUUAAACCUGGGAUGUUUUAGUUCCCUCCUCUUAAACCGGGGCUGUUUUAUUUCCCUCUUAAACCAGGGAUGUUUUAUUUCCCUCCUCUUUAACCGUCGUUGUUUUAUUUCCCUCCUCUUAAACUGGGAAUGUUUUAGUUCCCUCCUCUUAAACUGUCGUUUUAUUUCCCUCCUCUUAAACUGGGAAUGUUUUAUUUCCCUCUUAAACCGGGGCUGUUUUAUUUCCCUCCUCUUAAACCGUCGUUGUUUUAUUUCCCUCCUCGUAAACUGGGAAUGUUUUAUUUCCCUCCUCUUAAACCGUCGUUGUUUUAUUUCCCUCCUCGUAAACUGGGAAUGUUUUAUUUCCCUCCUCUUAAACCGUCGUUGUUUUAUUUCCCUCCUCGUAAACUGGGAAUGUUUUAUUUCCCUCCUCUUAAACCGGGGCUGUUUUAUUUCCCUCCUUACACUGGGAAUAUUUGAUUUCCCUCUUAAACCGGGGAUGUUUUAUUUCCCUCCUCUUAAACCGAUUGUUUUAUUUCCCUUUUAAACCGGGAGUGUUCUGUUUUCCCUCUUUAAACCGGUGCUGUUUUAUUUCCCAACGUAAAAAACUAAAACCGGUUUCUUACCCGACACCAACAAGGAGAAUCUGUUCACUUAUCGCCAAAAAUAAAGAAAACGUAGACAGGUUUACUUCUACCUAAAAGGCAAUGUAUGAUCAUAUCCAUAUUCCUGAAUUGUGGAUCUUUUUAUCUCCUAUUCUUUCUUCCUCUCGCCGGCUUCCAAAAUUAUGGAUCUGUCAAGUUCCUCUCAAAAAAGAGGGACAGUCUUCUUUUUACUUUCUUCCAAAAUUAUAGGUCUAAGUUCCUUUCGAAAGUACGGCUUGCUUACCAUUAAGAGAGAAUUGUGCCUCUACUUCCCACCAAAAAUGAAGACCUAUUUACUUUAAAAAAAUAUAUAUAUCUUCUGUUCAAUUCGUUUUAGAAAUAGGUAUAUUUUACUUUCUGCUAAAAUUCCGAAUCUAUACUGCGAGAAGUAAACACUUUUUUACCAUAAUUCAGGACUUAUUUACUUCCAGAUAUAACUAUCAAUUUAUUGGUUUCUCUCUUUGUGAGAGAUUUAACCUCAAACUAGAUCGGGGACUUUUUUUUUUUUUAAUCCCGCCAAAUUACACAAAUUGGACUUAUUUUCGUUUCCAUUGAGACUUACUUUCUGAAUCCCAUGGAUUUAAUUAGUAUUAUAUUUUCUAUUCUCUCCACAGGGUAUACCCCUCGUAGUGUCGAGAAGGGUGAUAUGUAAUAUUAUUUUAACAAAACUCUUAACAUACCAAGAACGGCUUAAAUUCACCCAGCCUCAAAUUGAUACAGUAUUAAGUAUCAUUUUCUGAAGAGUUUUCUCGUUUGAAUCAUACAACGGGAAAUAUCAGGAAACCCUGAAUUCAGAAUUAUAUCUGUUUGCGUGUUUUGUUAUUUGUUUUAUCACUUUUCAGUUUAUUUCUGAAGUUAUGUAAAUAUUUAUUUGCACAUUACUUCUAUGUGUAGGUUAUCUUCAUGUAAUUUCUACUUAUAAUUACAUAUACUUUAUGUCUACUUUAAAAUGGUAAAUAUGUUAGUUAAAAUUUGGUUUUAAAAAAUC